AUGGAUCACGCGGUUGGUCUUGUUGUUCUUAUUUUGGUAUCUUUGUCAUUAAGAUGUGAGUCAUGGGGUUGGUUUUCAUCAUCUAAAGAGAAACACUAUAGUGAGAGGCUAAAUGGAAAUGAAGCAAAUUUUAGAGGUUCUAGUGCUGAAUUCUCAAUAGAGGCUUUCAAUGACCCUAAGGGAAUGAAGGUAUUAGAGAAUGCUAAGAAUAAAAUGGUUGGUUCAAAUACUUGUUGGCAAAAGGCUUAUCAACAUCUUUUUGCCGGCUGUUCUGAGAUUUUGGCGGUUGAUGACAAAAGGUCUAGAUUAGCUUGGCAUUUAAGUGAUUGCUUUCAGAGGGACUCUGGUAGGGCUUCAUUUCCGCACUGUGAUCCAAAAGCAUCAAUUGCAACGUGCCUUAAAAGUUUAGAUAGCGUUGCUCAUAGCGUUUAUCUUGAAUUCUAUCUUGAAACGAACUCGAUUUGUUAUCAAUUACAGACACAUGCAUUCAAACAUGAAACUGAGAGACUUGUGACCGAACUGAAAAGUUCUGCUCAGUAUGUGGAGGACAAGUUAGAGAGUAUUGAAGAGAAAUCAGAACAUCUGUUACAAGGCUCAAAACAGAUUUCUGAUUCUCUUGAAUAUGUUAAUAAUCAUGCAGAACUAAUAGCACAAACCGUAAAGAACGUGGAAGGUCAUAUUGAUGUGGUUUUAAGGCAUUCUGAGAGUGUUUAUGAGCAAACUAAAAACAUUGCAAUAUCACAAUCACAACUACAACAAGGACAAGAGCAACUGGGGAGGAAUUUAGAAGACGGGGUAGCACUGCUCAAGGAAUCUUAUAGUGAUUUAGGCAAAGAAAUAGAAAAGUUAAGAGACGAGGCCAUUGAAAUAGAGAAUGAGGUGAUCAAAGUUGGAGAUGCUAUGUCAUCAAAGAUGAACACUCUGCAAACCAAAGCUGAAGAUAUUGAGAAUAUGGCAGGGAUUUCCUUAGAUAAACAACAGCAACUUUUAGAUGGACAAUCCACGGCACUCCAGGGCCUAAAUUCAUUGAAUGAGGUUCAACUCAAGGCAUUAGAGGAAAGCAGAAAAAGCCUGCAAUAUUUUGCUGAAUACGGACAUAGGCAACAGGAAGAACUUCUACGGAGGCAGGAACAAAUGCAAGGGCUUCACGAUCGAUUAAUGGAAAACUCAAAAACUAUAUUGUAUGCUCAGGAAUCUUUUGAAGAAAAGCAAGCUACCAUGUUUGUUGUUUUGGAUAAAAUCUUUGCUUUGCAAAAUGCCAUGUUGCUUGAAUCAAGAGUUAUCAAAGCUUUCUUCAUUUACGCCGUUUCAAUCUUUGUCAUCUAUAUGUUGACUAGCACAAAGCAAACUUACAAUGUUAGGCCAUUACUUUACCUUGAGCUUUGUGCUGCGCUCUUUGUGGAAGUAUUCAUUAUUCGUUUAAGUAACGACAAUAUAGAGCAACAAACAUGGAUAAUAAACAAAGUCCGGUUAUUUUUCUUGCUAUCUGCUUCAGCUCAACUUUUAUAUGCAAUUUGCACAUACAAGGACUAUGAAAGAUUGAACCAUCAAAUACUCCAAACACUAGUCAACAAGAUUAACACCAUGCAAAAAAUACAGGAGUGUUCUUGGGACUUAGAUACGGAUGAUGAUGUGGAUGAUUGGUCUCAAUGGAUAGAUACUGAUUUACCUGAUGAUGUGAACCGUGUUGAUGAUCCUGACUAUAUAAUUCCAGAAGAAGUUGCAGAGAAUUCAAUCUCAACCUCUAUAGCUACAAAAAAUUACAAUCUACGCUUGCGCAAUCGUUUGCAUUGA